UUCAACGCAAAGCAAAGUAAAUCAAAGAACAUUAAUUCCGUCAAAGUGCACGCAAAUUUUUCCUAUUUUUUCGUUUACAACAGAAAUUUAGAUUUAGUUAAAACAUUUCGCAAAAUAAUAACACGCAAACAGAAUAGUAAAAAAACGAAAAGGCGGAAAUAAAUGCAAAUUCCCAAGUAAAGCCAAUUCAGGGUCGAGUGCGACGUAAACUGUGAUAAGUACACCGAAUCGAAUCCGUGCAUUAUUAGCAGCUGCAGUCGGCAGCAGGAAAAAAGUGAACGUAAUUCACGGAUGGGUCAUGCAGCCGUGGCCAGGACAACUUCAAAAGCAGUCAAAUUAUACGAGAAAGCGAGUUUAUCGGAAACUAAUUUUUUGUGUGAACUAAAAAUUUGGCACGUUUCUCGGUCUUCUUUCAUAUUUGCGGCGGUCAAGUGAAGUUGCGUCACUGCCGGUUUUCGUGCUGACUCAAGUAACUUAGACAGAAAUUUGGUGCAUAGUUUAACGUGUUUGCAGUUCAGUUCACGCCUUAAAUCGGAAUUAUUCUCCCUCAAGAAAUGUCUACAACGCUAGAAGGAACGCUUAGUAAAUGGACAAAUGUCAUGAAAGGUUGGCAAUAUCGCUUCUUCGUGCUCGACGAAAAUGCUGGUUUAUUGUCCUACUAUACGUCGAAGGAGAAAAUGAUGAAGGGUGUGCGUCGCGGUUGUGUUCGGCUCAAGGAUGCGGUAAUCGGCAUAGAUGAUCAAGAGGACAACACCUUUACCAUAACAGUGGAUCACAAGACAUUUCAUUUUCAGGCGCAACACAGCGAAGAGCGCGAAAAGUGGGUUAGACGACUUGAGGACACCAUACGACGGCAUGCGAACCGCACUCGUCUGUGGGACAAUCAAAGCACUUUCUACCUUGGCGGAUAUCAAAAGGAUGUGAUAGGCAACAAACGUGCCAACCACUUGGAAUUACUCAGCCGACGUGUAUCGGAGGCGGACGCGUAUUUGCAGUUAAUCAUCGAGCAGACGAAUAAAAUUGACAAGCGCAUUGAGGACGUAACGGAUGCUGAUGAAAAGGCCAAGUGCAAACCGCUGCAGGACAACGCCAGUGCCAUGUUGGAUCAUAUUAAACACUCUAUUGUAAGUCUACAAAUUGCCAAAAAUAUGGCACAUCCAAUCAAUGGUAUAUACAAUGGCCCGGUAACUGCGAGCACCGGCAUCAACAGUGUCACCGCCAGUCCAACGAGCGCAAAUACUGUAGUAACAACUUCUGGGGGUACUUCAUUAACAGGCAAGGCGCCACUCGCCUGCGCCAUGGAUCUGGGGACGGGCGCAAAACUUGAUGUGAGUGCUGGGGAAGAGGAGGAGGAUUCCACCACUGAAAAUGGCAUAUUGCCGCAAACAGUGCCACGCGCUAUCAAUGAUGCACAACAGCAACAUCAAUUAUACGUAUUUGAACAGCAACAACAACAACAACUGCAACAACGCUUCCGUUAUCAACAUAAAUAUCAACACAUCGGCAUGCCUAGUCCCACCGCCACCAGCAUUGAUAUCGUUGAUAUAAUCGCCGAUGGCAUUGAAUAUGGCACUGCAGCCGAAAUAGCCAUUGGCGCGGUUGGUGCGACAACAGCUCCACUGGCUGUAGAUGUGCCUGAAACCUCGUAUUCCAGCAGUGAAGAUGAGGAGGAUUUCUAUGAUGCGAAUGACGAUCCUUUCACUAGUAUGGGAAAUUCACCAAGCUAUGCCACACGUGGCUUAUCGCCAACAUAUGAAAAUGCACCGGACACACUUCCGCCGAAAGGCAGCGCAUCGGUGGACAUCAGUGCAAAGUCAUCCAUUGUCGAUAGACUGGAUGAUUACCAAACGGCGCUUACUACUGUUUCGGAGAGUUUACCCUCCAUUUCGCCCACAAGCGCUGCAGCGUCCGCGCCGCGACUAAGUGGUGACACAACAUUCCAGAAUUAUGGUGAUGAUGGCUCCAUCGAUUAUGAUGCACUCUACGAGGAAGAGGAAGACUCUACGAUUAGUAUGGAAGCGCAUGGCUCGAUGAUUUCUCACCUGAUAUCCCAAGUGAAAAUCGGUAUGGACUUGACGAAGGUCGUAUUGCCCACAUUCAUUUUGGAGAGACGUUCAUUGCUGGAGAUGUACGCAGAUUACUUUGCUCAUCCGGACCUUUUUCUAAGAAUUGCGGAGAUGGAGACGCCCAGGGAUCGCAUCGUUGAGACUUGCCGCUGGUAUCUGAGUGCCUAUCACGCUGGUCGAAAGAGCGCUGUGGCCAAAAAACCUUACAAUCCCAUAUUGGGCGAAGUAUUUCAAUGUUAUUGGAAUAUACCAGGCGAAGAAUCAGACGAGAAUGCGGUGAGUGACGGGCCGGUGCCUUGGUGUCAUCGAAAUCAACUGACAUUCUUGGCCGAACAGGUUUCGCAUCAUCCGCCAAUUUCCGCCUUCUACGCUGAGCAUGUCAAUAAGAAAAUCACGUUUUCCGCGCACGUUUGGACCAAAUCAAAAUUUCUUGGCCUGUCUAUAGGUGUACACAACAUCGGCGAAGGUAUUGUGACACUGGUAGACCACAGCGAGGAGUAUAUUGUAACGUUUCCAAAUGGAUAUGGCAGAUCUAUUUUAACCGUCCCUUGGAUUGAAUUGGGAGGCACAGUAGAAAUACGCUGCCCGCAGACAGGCUAUCACGCCACAAUUGAGUUCUUAACAAAACCCUUUUACGGUGGCAAGCGCAACAAAGUGACGGCAGAGAUUUAUGCACCUAAUGAAAAGAAGCCAUUUGUGUCAAUAGCUGGGGAGUGGAGCGGCCUCAUGGAAGCUAAAUGGCAUGAUAAAAAUAAAACUGAAGUAUUCGUAGACGUAAAUCGUAUUCCAAUAUUUAAGAAACAAGUUCGACCAAUCGUUGAACAAGAAGAAUAUGAAUCCAGGCGUGUGUGGAAGGAAGUGACAGCGGGACUCAAAUUCAAUGACAUCGAGAAAGCCACAAAUGCCAAGUGUGCAGUGGAACAAAUCCAACGUGACCAGGCGAAGAACCGAAAGGAGACAGACACGCAGUGGGAGCACAAGUAUUUCCGGCCGGUUGGUGAAAACUGGAUCUACACAAAGCCACUUAGCCAGCGCGUGUAUCAGCAAGAGAAGGAAAGUAAAAGAUAAUAAAGAAAUUUCGCCAAUCAACCAGAAGGCACCGAGGCAGCGACGACAAAUGGAGAGAAGGUGGAAGAAGAAGAGCAUGAAUCCAAGUAAAAUAGUAAAGUGGUGUAAACGAAUAGUGGGCGGAGAGUAUAAAGAUGUAGCUGGAUCAAACAAAUAAACAUACAAACAUACUUUCAUAUCAAAGAACGUUAAACGCAGAGCUGCAAAUGCUUCUAAGAUAAGGACAAAGCACAGAGGAUGGAGCGCACUCACGAGACUGUCAAGUAUACGACGGGUGAUGGCUAAUGGUGGUAAUAGGUAUGUAAUGUCAAAAUGCUUUCGGUUGCACGCGAUGCAACGCAAAUGUAAUGGACAACGAACAAACUUGGAUACACCGUUAAAUAGACAAAUAAAUGCUGAAUGAUGCACGAAGCUGCAGGGCACGCUCUCAACACCCCUUCACACUAAGUACUUUUGGGCAGUAUUCUAACAAAGUACGCCUCCUCCUCCUCCUCUUCACAUUGGGUCAACUCUUAACUGUAUGUGCACCAGAUUUGUGGAUGUAUACGAGCGUGUGCGAAAUGGUUGUGUGGAUGUCGGAAGAGUUAAAAAGGCGCAGUUUAAAUAUGUGAAUCUGUAGAUGUUAAGCCAAUGUUGCCGGAACAUAUAAAAAAAUCGUAUUAAAUAAGAAUAAUGAAACUCAACAAUUUUACAAUUACUUUAUCGAAGAAACAAACAAACUGAUAGCUAACCCCAAUUUAAGAAAUCACUCUAAGGCACAUUUUAAGUGAAAUUGUAAAAAUGGACAAACAAUAAAAAUCGAAUUCAAUAAAGCAGAAACGUACAUACGCAUAA